CUGGGCUGAGGUGGCGGCCGAGAGGCGGCACGGAAAGCCCCGGCUUGGGGACGGCUGCGGACUCGGAGGGAGCCGAGCCGGGCAAACCAGGAAGCAGACUCUUGAGUUUGCAGCUGGCCUAUAGUUUCUGUAAUCCUUUAAGAAGCACUUCUUACAGGUGGCACUUUUCUGAAGUUAUUUGUUGAGAAUUCUCAGCACUUUGCAGAUAUUGCCAGCAGUUUCUAGGUGAGGAGGCCGCGCGGGCCGGGGAGUUUCGGUGUCGCUCAGCAGGAAUGCUGCCGGUCCCCCGGGGUGAACGAUCGAGGACCCCCGCUGCCUGCCGCCCCUUCCCGAGCCGCCUGGGCUGCCUCCCGCGCCCCCACCGGCUGGCUUAAAAAGAAAAAAAGCACACCAAACACUGACCCCUGGACCCCUGCCGCAUCUCCCCCCGCGAGCACCAAUAUGUGUCAUGUCAUUGUCACCUGCCGCUCCAUGCUCUGGACCCUCAUGAGUAUCGUGGUGGCUUUUGCGGAGCUCAUCGCCUUCAUGAGCGCAGACUGGCUGAUCGGGAGAGCCAAGAGCCGCAGCGGCGCGGAGCCCACGGGCGCCGGCCCCUCUGAGCCCUACCACCCGACCCUGGGCAUCUACGCCCGCUGCAUCCGCAACCCGGGCGUGCAGCACCUCCCGCGGGACACGCUGUGCGGGCCCUACGCCGAGAGCUUCGGCGAGAUCGCCAGCGGCUUCUGGCAAGCCACCGCGAUCUUCCUGGCCGUGGGGAUCUCCAUUCUCUGCGUGGUGGCCCUGGUGUCGGUCUUCACCAUGUGUGUGCAGAGCAUCAUGAAGAAGAGUAUCUUCAACGUCUGCGGGCUCCUGCAAGGAAUCGCAGGUCUGUUCCUUAUCCUCGGUUUGAUACUCUACCCUGCCGGCUGGGGCUGCCAAAAAGCCAUAGACUACUGUGGACCUUAUGCAUCUGCCUACAAACCUGGAGACUGCUCUUUGGGAUGGGCCUUUUAUACAGCCAUUGGUGGCACGGUCCUCACUUUCAUCUGUGCUGUCUUCUCCGCACAAGCAGAAAUCGCAACUUCCAGUGACAAAGUACAGGAAGAAAUCGAAGAGGGGAAAAACCUUAUCUGCCUCCUUUAGUUUGGAAGAGACAUGCUUUUCUUUCUUGGGUGACCUUGUGGAACAGCCAUCAUUUGAAUCAAAGGAGAACUAGCCUUUACCUUCCAAAGCUACCAAUGACGGCCACCAUCCGGCUAAGCAGAGCAACCAGACAUAGGGCUGGAUGCAGUGCAAAUGAGAAGGGAUGGACCUCGAACACAGUAUAGAAUCCUGACUGUGGUUGUGCAUUACUGUCAGACUCCACCUCCCCCAGGGCUCCAUGAAGGAUGGAAUAGUGGUCGCAGCCUUCCUCUGGCCACAGAGACCAUUUGCCAGUUCUACAGGCCAUCUGAGGCAUAUUUCUGCCCUAAAAUUGUAUGCCUGUGAGCAUUCUGCCUUAGAAUGAGGUCUGUGGGUCACUGUUUUGGUUUCCUUUUUUAAGUUGUGUGUUAAAGAUUAAAAGGAAGACUACAGACUUACUGGGGACAGGUUGUGUUUGUUAAAGGACACAGCAAAACAGGAACAGAGUGGGAUCCAGGGCAAAGUGGAUUAACUGAGCGGUCACUCCAAGAUUUUAGAAAGUUUUGAGUUAAGGAAGAUUAAAGACCAGUACCUUAUAUGAGAAAAAAAUCUACAAGACCUUGCCAGUGCAGAUUCUUUCCUAGUACCCAAACCAGCUCUGACUCCUCUCCCUCAGAGAUCACAGUUCUGCUAGGGUCAGGACUGGGCUUUGGUUGCCAAAUGAAACCUUGCUGUCCUUCCAGGGACAGCCAUGGCCUCUUGUUAGAUAGUCACUGGAAGGAGCUGUCAGAACCUUGAGUUUGUAGGGACAGCUCUCUGUCUGUUGGAAAUCAUACUAUAGUCAGGUGACUUCCAACCCCUUCAGCAGAAUGGUAUUCUUUACAGAAAAAAAGGGGGUGCUUCUUGAGUUACUGUUUUGAUCCUGAAACAAGAACAGCCACAGGCCACUAUUAAAAAGGAUUCAGGGCUUCUAAGCUGGUUUCCAUAAAUUAUCAAUAUUAUUGAUUCAGGAAGAUAGUAAUCAGAAUGACCUAAGUAGCCAGAAACAACUAGUCAGGCAUUAUGUGAGGUUUAAGAACUACAGAAUGGUACAGAAACACUCCUGGAACUGCUGGGCUUCUAGAAGGAUUAAAAGCAAGUCUUUUUGGUUUUAUGAAUGUGUUCAUUUGAGGUUUUGUUUUGAAAGUUUAACAAAGAGUUAGCUAAGCACCUUCUUUCCUACUGUCAAUACUGUGUGCUAAAAACUACCACUUAUGCGAGUAACCCUGAUUCAUUUUACAACCUUGCCCUAGUGAAUCAUCUUUAAGCUUUGAGAGUUUAGAAUUAUCCCUGGGUGCAGAGGCAACUAAAGUUUCAUACUUUAUGGUCUUUGGCUACACCAGAAACCAUCUUACUUCUCACA